AUGUCACACCCCUCAGAUGACAAGAACCCUGCAAGGCGACCUGUUACUAGAUCACAACAGGCCCAGAAAAGCUCUCAAGCUCUAAAGCAUGCUGACCCAACAGAAGAAAGUGACACCAUGUCAUUGGAUGCCGAUCUUGAAACUGGUCAUGGUCCUCCAGAUUUUGACAUGGAUGAGGUCAGGAGACAUUUCAAAACAAUAAACUAAUGUGUUGAGGAGCGCAAGAGGAGUGAGAGUUCUGGAGAGAGUGAAAGCUCUGAAGAGGAACACAUGGAAACUGCUGAAAACCAGCCAAUGUCUGAUGUCGAAAUGAUCAGAUUGUCUGAGGAUGCUGCACCUUCACAGUCAGACUCUGAUGUCCAAAAGACCAAUGAUGAACAAGAGGAACCUGAGCCAGAGGAGAGAACGAACUCAUCCCUGUCAAGCAAAGUCUGCCAGAAUAAAACUUCUAAAUGCACAAGAAGUGAAAGUGAAAGGUCCUCUACUGCUUGUAAAUCUACGAGAAAACCCAAACCACCUAUGAGAUUUACUUACGAGAAACCAGGUCAUCCAUCCAGUGAACCCGUUACCAUCAUGCACCAUGGUAUGGUUAUUCAACUCAAGCUACACUCUCCCAACCGAGAUCACAAACCCAGAAAAAAAGUGAAAAGCAUCCAAACUAUACGAAGAAGAGGAGAACAGGAGUCACCCUUCCAAGUGUAA